AAAAAAACUCUAAUUUCGUGUGUGUGGUGUCCUUAUUUUAUGCCAUAAAAACAAUAAUAAUUACCCUAAUUUAAGUAGUUUCAUAAACAUUUUGGAGGCACGUGCGGAUAGUUUUGCUUUGGUGGUUUGUGGUGAUCUGUGGUGCAACAGAAUCCAUCGCAUCGCAAAAGCCGCUUCCCACGGGCGCCCCGAACAACCAACAAACUCCACAAAAACAGAAAAAUAGAAAACCCACAAGAACUUGUGGUGGGAAAGGGGAGACAGAUUUGAUUUAUCCGGUUUUUUGCAUGCUCCAAUAAACGUGAAAAAAAGUGUACAUACAAGUUGGGGGUCUCUGGCUUAACCAAUGUGGCACUUCCAAUGAAAAAUCAAUUACAAGUCGUUGGACGUUCUCAGUAUUGGUUAUUGGCAAGACCAGCCCACAGGCAGCUAUAAGAGUUACGUUACAAUUGCAUAGAUAGAUUAGCGCUUAAGCAUGUCCCAGGAUGCAGUUGCCGUGGCGCAGGAGUUGCAGGCUCCUGCUGGCAGGAAGCGCGCCCGACUGGAGGACGAAGAGCAGGCGCUAAAGGUUGCCGGCUUCUCGCUGAGCGCCAUCACAGAGAUGCGACAGACGCGCGACGCCGAACUGCAGAGCGAGUCCAUGGACCAGCAGCUGCGCCAGUUCCAGGUGCUCGACGAGAUCGGCACCGCCAGCGAUGAGGAUGAGUCAGACGACAAUAGCGAAAAGCUAGCGGGCGAAAACGGUGGCGAUGACGAAGAUGCUGGUGAGGGAGAGGGAGAUGAAUAUGAUUCCUCGGACUUUGAUGACGACGAAAUAGAGAAUCUCCUGGAUGAGAAGCUUCCUGACGAACUACGCGAGUCCAAGCGACCCAAAUACGAGCAGCGCUUCAAAACCGUAAUGGAAGAGAAGCGUCACAAUCACUUCGAGGUACUGCCCGAGGGUUGGGUACAGGUGACGCACAACAGCGGAAUUCCGCUCUUCCUGCACCGCAAGACGCGCGUCUGUUGCGCCUCUCGGCCGUAUUUCCUGGGCACUGGCAGUGCCCGCAAGCAUGCCGUGCCAUUGGGCGCUAUACCCUGCCUGAACUAUCGUCGGGCCUUGGACGAGGAGGCGGAGGCUGAGGUAACGCAGCAGAGCAAAGAGACGACCCCGCCGGCAGUCGUUUGUCCCAUGGCUGCUGUUGGCACGGCCGCUGCAGAGGAACCCAUGGCUGUGGAGGGUGAGGAGAAAACCGCAGAAGCUGCGACCUCGACCCAACCGGACCCAGUAAAGGCCGAGGCACAGCCCGAGACGCUGCCGGCUCUGAUGCCAGCAGCGAAAAUCGUCACCGUCAAGGAGAACACACAGACGGAGUCGGUGACGCCCGACCAACUAAAUGCCUACUGCCAGAAGCUGUUCAAGUUCAAGGUGAUCCGUGUUCUGCGCUUCCGCAGCUGGAAUGCGCGCCGCAGGUUCACCAAGAAUCGGAAGCACAUCAAGAAUAUCCAGAGACCCACCCUGCCCGAUGGCACAAAGCUCAUCAAGUUCCCCAUUCUGGCGGCUAGCGGCGAGGGCAACACCAAUCCGCGUGCCCGCAAGGAGUGGAUCAUGAACCCGAACGGCAAGAGCUUUGUCUGCAUCCUGCACGAGUAUGUGCAGCAUGCCCUGAAGACGCAGCCCACCUACGAGUUCAAGGAGCUGCAGAAUGCGGCGACGCCCUAUUCUGCGAUCGUUUCGGUGAACAAUCUGAAGUAUGGCACGGGCUAUGGCACCAGCAAGAAGCAGGCCAAGUCAGAGGCGGCGCGAGAGACCCUCGAGAUUCUCAUACCCGAUGUCAAGGACAAGAUAACAGGCAACAAGGACACAAAGGGCGCCACGGCCAAAAAGGGCCAAAGCGAUCUAUCAGUAUUUGAUGACAUUCGGAUUGAGGAUCCCCGAGUCACCGAAUUCUGCAACAAGACGACAGAGCCGUCGCCCAAUGCCAUUCUGCUGACAUGCCUGCAGCGGAACUAUGGCAGCGAUGUGCAGAUCAGCCAGGAGAUAAACCGAACGGCCAACAAUAAGAAUGAGUUUACCAUGACCGUUGGCAAGCACACCGCCAAGGUGGUGUGCAAGAACAAGCGCGAGGGCAAGCAGCUGGCCUCGCAGGCCAUCCUACAGAUACUGCACCCGCACAUCCAAACGUGGGGCUCGCUGUUGCGUUUGUAUGGCAACAAUUCGAUCAAGACGUUCAAGGAGAAGAAGCUGGAGGAGCAGGAGAUCACCGUGCUGCAGAGCAAGGCGGCCGUGAAUCAGCCAAACUAUGCCAUUCUCGAGAAGCUCAAAAUGGAGAUGCUCAAGCUGUCCGCCAAGCAGGAGAGCGUCCUCACCAUGGGCACCUUUGUGCCACCCAACGAUGUCGAUCUGCCCACGUCCUCUGGCUCCAAUCUGAACAAUGUAGAAUUAUAGCAUACGCCCUCAUACUCUCUAAAGAAAUCCGGUCUCUCACUCUCAUGACAAGAGCUCACAUCUACCAUUCUGCCAGAUCUAUGAUUCUGAAUAUAUAAGAUUAGCGACAAUCGCGACAUCCAUUCUCUAGAGGCCCAUGAAUCAA